GGCUUUUAAUUUCCUCCAAAUUUUCUUCUUCAAAUCGCAGGGCUUUCUCAGCUCUCUAGAACCCUCUAUUGUUUAUAUGGCAUCUCAAGCCAGCCUCCUCCUUCAAAAACAGCUCAAAGAUCUUUGUAAGAAUCCGGUUGAUGGGUUCUCUGCCGGAUUGGUUGAUGAGAACAAUAUCUUUGAAUGGAGUGUUACAAUUAUUGGACCGCCUGAUACUCUUUAUGAAGGAGGAUUUUUUAAUGCCAUCAUGAGCUUUCCGCCUAAUUAUCCAAACAGUCCUCCAACAGUGAAAUUUGCAACAGAGAUUUGGCAUCCUAAUGUUUAUCCUGAUGGGCGUGUUUGCAUUUCUAUUCUUCAUCCUCCUGGUGAUGAUCCAAAUGGCUAUGAACUUGCAAGUGAGCGCUGGACACCGGUCCAUACAGUUGAAAGUAUUGUAUUGAGUAUAAUAUCAAUGCUUUCCAGCCCUAACGACGAAUCUCCUGCAAAUGUUGAAGCUGCUAAGGAAUGGAGAGAUAGGAAAGAUGAAUUCAAGAGAAAGGUUGGCCGCUGCGUCCGGCGAUCACAAGAAAUGUUGUGAUUGGCGAUGGCUGUUACUGCCGUUUCUUGUCUA